AUGAAGAGGAUUGAGUUAUAUGAGGGGCAGAAGCAAUUUAUUAAGGAUGCAAAAAAGAUUGUCGAUGGAGAGGCUGUUGGAAUAUUUUCAAGCCCCACUGGAACAGGAAAGACCAUGUCUCUACUCAGUGCAGUGGUAGAUUAUAUCGAUGUGGAUGGAGUGGAGUUGAAUCAUAGAAAUAGGGUAUUAGAGCAAGCUCUUUUCCAAAGAAAUGGGGGAACUGUAUUCUAUUGUACAAGAACACACACCCAACUGGCACAAGCAAUAAAUGAGCUUAAGAGACUAGACGUGAGAUGCAACGCCGUUGUACUGGGAUCCAGAAAGAUUUACUGUCUAAAUGAAAAGAUUCUCCAAUACAAGAAUUCUGAUGCUAUGAAUGAAGGAUGCAAGCAGAUUGUCAAGGAAGGGUUGUGUGCAUUUUAUGAUGGAGGUGAGUUGUUUGAUGGAUGUGGAGUCCUAGAUGUAGAAGAUCUAACCCUUAUAGGAAAGGAGCAAAGGCUUUGCCCCUACUAUGCAUCCAAAAUAUAUUCCCACCAGUGUGAUAUUGUAUUUCUUCCUUAUCAGCUAUUAUUCACCAGAGAGGGUAGAAGAAGUGUAGAUAUUGAUGUCCGAGGAAGUAUUGUCAUUGUGGAUGAGGCACAUAACAUUUGUGAUUCUGUGAUCCAAAUGAAUACAUCAACUAUACUGUUUAUGACAAUAAGCAAAUACAUUAAGGCUAUGGAGAUGUACAAGGAAAGAUAUAGCGAGAGGGUUAGGAGGGAUGGGGUGCUUGAAAGGAUUUUAGAGGUACUCAGAAGAAUUGAAGCCUUUGGACUCAUGCAUUGCAGGAAUAUGAAUGAAGAAGAAGGCGUGAUGGGGGUUUCUGAGUUUCUACUUAAGACAAGUAUCGAGGAUUUCAACAUGCUUGAGAUUGAGGACUAUAUAGCCUCUAGUGGGAUUUCUAGGAAGUUGGAGGGAUUUGAGAAAGAUCUGAACCUACAACUUUCAGAGAUAUCCAAGUUCCUAAGUCUUCUGACAAUGAGUGAUAAGGGCGGAAGAAUCUUUUACACUUCAAAGAGAAUCAAGUUCACACCUCUGGAUGCAACAAUGUAUUUUGAAGAUGUACUUGAAUGUAAAUCAUUAUUGUUUGCUGGAGGAACAAUGGAGCCUAUUGAUCAGCUCGCCUCUGUUCUUGGAAAGAGGAGCCCCCAAUACUUUUCAUACAGAAGUGUCUGUAGAGACUUUUUGCCAAUUGUAGUGGGGUCCGGACCAUCUGGAAGGGAGGUUGUAGUGAAUUACGAGACAAGAGAAAGUACGGAAUCCGUUAAGGACGUUGCCUCGUCUAUACUCAACUUCUCGAAUGCUGUUAGAGACGGAGGAAUGGUAUGCUUUCUUCCUUCUAAGGCCUAUCUUAAGAUACUUAGAGAAGUAUGUGGAGACAUGAUAGGGAGAAAGAAGGCCCUGUAUGAGGAUCUCACCAACUUUCAAGAGUAUGUGUUAGAGGUUAAGAAAGAAGCUUGCAUUCUUUUUGCAGUGAUGGGAGGAAGACUUAGUGAGGGAAUGAACUUCAACGACAAGCUAUGCAGGCUGUUGAUGGUUGUGGGGGUUCCUUAUCCCAGCCAGGAUCUUGAGCUUAAAGAAAGAAUUAAACACAAUGGAAGAGGAUAUACUACAUCGAUAGCAAUGAGAAUAGUGAACCAAACUUUAGGAAGAGCAUUGAGACAUAAAGAUGAUUAUGCCGUGUUGGUGUUAUUAGAUAGAAGAUAUGCUCAACUCUCAAAGCUUAUAAGCUCGUGGAUAAGAGAAAGGAUUGCUUGCUGUAGCUUUGGAGAUGGCCUUCUUAAGGCAAGUAGAUUUCUUAAUAAAGAUAGAUAG